UGACUCAGGCUUUGGUUACACUUUGGCCAAGCGACUCCAUUCUCUUGGUUUCCGUGUGUUUGCAUUGGUGCUUCAAGAAGAGAGCGAUGGUGCUCAAGAACUCAAGUCGAUUUGUUCUGAUCGACUCACCGUCAUUGAAAUGGAUGUAACAAAUGAUGCAGUGAUCCAAGAAGUCCAAAAAGAAGUUGCAAAACAAUUGAAUAACAGGGGACUCUUUGCAUUAGUUAAUAAUGCUGGCAUCAUAAUCCACAUUGGUGACGCAGAAAUCAUCCCAAUAGAUGCUUACAAACGAUGCAUGGAAGUCAAUUUCCUUGGAACAGUCCAAGUUACUAAAGCAUUUUUACCCUUAAUUCGUCAAGCAAAAGGAAGGAUUGCUAAUAUUUCCAGUCCCUCAGGGGAAUUACCAUUUGGAAGCAUGUCAGCAUAUGGAGCAUCCAAAGCAGCACUGGAGUGUUUUUCAGACAUUUUGCGUCAAGAAAUGAAACCCUGGGGAGUAAAAAUAUCCAUCAUCCAACCUGGUGCCACCAAAACAGCACAAGUUGGAAAUGUCAACUUCUGGAUGCAACAACAUCAAAAACUUAUGGAUGGCCUCUCUCCAGAGCUCCUUCAUGAUUACGGAGAAGAAUAUAUUGAUGAAAUUCAACAAAGGAUCAUGUCAAUUGGUUCACUUUUCCGACAGCAAGUAGGCCCAGUCAUUGACACAAUUGUCACUGCUUUGUUAGCACAAAACCCAAAACCUAGAUACACCACUGAGUUUGUGAUUGACGUGCUAAAAGCUCUCUACUACUUCCUGCCUUCUUUCAUCACUGAUACUAUUCUUAAUCAAGUUUUUAUUGCUCAUAGACUUCCACCAAAAGGUGCAAGAAAGGGUAAUAUCAGCCAGUGAAACUCCUAAUGCUUGAGGCUUGCAUUUUAUACGUAAUGCUUUCAAAUUAAUAAGUUUGCAUUCUGUAAUUUUGCUGGUCACAUUGAGUAAGCUAGUUUUAUGUUGAGCUGAACAUUAAUGUAAAAUGCAAGUGUGUUAAUUAGGAAUUGUAUUUUGUACCAAAUAAACAUAGAAAAUAAAUUGGCUUGUGUUAGCAGUGAAUAAUGAUGCCUCAUUAAAAGCAGUCUGUGAGCACUAACCCUAAUUUGGUGGAUGAUGAAAGGGAUAAGGUAUGAAGUAGCACAAGGCAAAGAUACUAUUUGAAUGUUCUUCUUCACUGUUUCUGUAGAAUGUCUCAUUCCUAGAUACAAUAAAAAGGAAAACCAAAUAGAGACCCUUUAUAUUAGAUCUCUGUUGUGUGGGAUUAAGAUUAUCGGGGAUUCCUGAGGCUGUGAUUGGGUUUGUACUAGAAGUAGCUGCAUAGUAAUGUGAUUGGACAGGAUCUUCCCAGGCUUUCAACUACUUUUUGACACCAGCUAAUUUUUUGGAAACCCAAGUGGUUGGAUGCCUGAGGAAAACUGAUGGUGGGGCUUGAACUGAAUCUUUGGGGUAACCAGAAGCCACAAGAGAACAAAUAGAUAAGUUCUAGCAGGCACUUCCAGAUCUUUUGGUGCCUUAAGGCACAUGAUUUCCAAUCACAGCCUAGCAGCUGGAAACCAAUGAGUCUUGGUCCUCAAACUAGAUUGAAUCUCACUGUGGGACUUGCAUACAGCUUGCACACUGCUCUGGGAGGAAUUUACUGCUCAGAUUUGCUGGAAACCUCUUGGAAUGGGAUCAAAAAGUCUAAAGCAGAGAAUCAUAUUUCAUUAUGCUUAUUGAUAUAGUUGUAUGGGACUUUGUAUGUGAAUUAAAUUUGAUUUGUCUCUUGUACUUUCUUGGCAUUGGUUAUUGUCCUGCACUAUGAGCCUUGGCCCUUUUUUUUAAGGCUUCCCUUUGCAAAUUAAAAGUAUUAUAAAUCAGAUCCUGUGCAUUAAUCUUGAAUUGUUCUAUGAAUUUCAGCCAACUUGGGGGAAAAGAGUUAAGAGAACAUGCCACUUUUAAUAUAAAUGAUUAGAAUUAACUUGGCUGCAAUAUAAUUGUGCUUUUAUUGUUUAACAUGAAGAGGUAAAGAUCAAAGAAGUCUGGUUUUGGAAAAAAAAAUCAAAAGCCAUUCAAAAGUUAACUACAAAUAUUUAUAAAAAUUCUCCAAGCUCUUUGUGAACUGUUCUUUUUACAGAGUAAUGUUGCACAUAGACAGUUUAUUAGUUAAUAAAAGUUAUGGAGCCUAACCCUGAAAGUGCUGGCAACACAACCCUUUUCUUGGUGUCUCAUAGAGGCUAUAUCCAAAACUCCAACAACUUGUCAGAAGAGGAUCAGCAAGGAGAAACCACCCAUGAUAACAGAUUGCACUUAUUGUCUGCAUCAAAACCACAUCUCUGUUACGCAGUGAGUCUCCUGUACUAGGUCAGAAGUCACACAACACCAGGUUAUAGACCAACAGGUUGAUUUUAAAUCACAAGCUUGUGAUUUCAAAUAAACCUGUUGGACUAUAAUCUGGUGUCGUGUGAUUUCUGACCUUGUCCACCCUAGUCCAACACUGGCACCUCCAUGUCAUCUCCUUUACCAGAAAUAUGUAUUUGUUAAUGACAGUGAAGAUAUGCCUGAGGAGGCUUAGCAGUGACUUAAUGACAGAAAUGCGUUCUUCUAAGGCUUCCAUACAUCAAUGAAUCAUUGCUGGUAGAUACAAAAGUCAGUAUGGGCCUUUGAUUCUUGUCCAUGUGCUUUUUUUAGGACUGCUUAAGAGGCAGUUUUAUGUCUAUAGAUGCAUCAGGGGGAAGAAUCAUGGAUUAACUAGAGCCUAGAAUAUCAUUACUUUCGGCAACUGGCAAACUCCAGUAAUGAGUGGGCAACAUCAUUUAGAAGAAGUGUUGCUUUUUCCAGGGCGAUCACAUCAUCUGCUCACAUUUGGGUAUGCGGUACAACAAAGCUUUGAGAACGGGGCGGAUCUCCUCUAAAGGUAUGAACAUUUUAAAUCAUGUUUGUGGCAAGUACUAGGUCUUUUGCAUGCUAAGGACUCAGCAGCCAAGGUAUGACCUGUUUAAUUCUUGAUGUAUCACAAAUGUAAGAAAUUGAUGUCCCAACCCAAAGGAAGAAAUGUAUACAAUGGUUUCUCCAUUCCAUGUUUGUGUUUUCACCCCACAUGUAGUGCUGAAGAUAUUCCUUUGAAGGUUUUGUACCUAGGUAUCUUUGUACCCAGCUUUACAAGGACUGUAACGUUGAUCUUCUUAAUUUUUCAUUUUUCUGAUUUAUACCCAAGAUUUUGUACCUACUAAUCUUAGUACAUAAGUUGGCACUGGAAAUAGCAACUUUGUAUCCCUGUGCUUGAGUACAUGUGACAAUAAACCUGAUUCUAAUUCUAA